AUCCAUCUUUUAAUUUCGAGAAACCAAGAAAAAAAAAAGUUCAAAAAAUGACAUCCAAAGCCAUUCUGAUCCUUGCUUUCGUGCUAAUCACCUCAACCGCCAUCCUCGCAGCCCGGCCUGAACCGGAAGAGCUCAAUCGCCUCGCAUCCCAGAGAGGCGACGGUGGCGGGUUCGGAGCACCGUACUUCGGGUCGGGAACCGGGUUCGGAGUGCCCGGAUUUGGGAGCGGAUUCGGAGGAGGGUAUGGAUCCGGGUACGGUGGUCCGGCCGGAGGGUACGCGGGAGGCGGCGUGGUGAGGCCGACGGUGGUUUGCAAGGACAAGGGCCCCUGUUACGGCAAGAAGCUGAGGUGUCCGGCCAAGUGUUUCAAGUCGUUCGCUAAAGGCGGGAAGGGCUACGGCUACGGCGGCGGCGGCGGCGGCUGCACCGUCGAUUGCAAGAAAAAAUGCACCGCUUAUUGUUAAGCGGCGCAUGCAGAUCUAUCGUUCGUAAACGUUAAUGAAAGCUACGCCCUUAUACAUAUAUGGGAUUACCUGUCUCUAUAUACGUGGCUGGUAAGAUGACUAGAUCGAGAUUAUAUAUAUAUAUAUAUAUAGUCCAUAGUAUAUGAUGCUAUGGUACUGUCAGUUAAUAUUAUUAGCAGCUAUAUAUGUCCUGCAACUAUGUAUGAUCUAUGAAGAAUGAUGGUCUGUAACGUACGAGUUCAGCGGUUUUUACUCCUUUUCCACGAGAAAUGAGAUAGAUAUUAGUAUUACACUUUCUUA